CCCGGUUAAUAAAAACCCUCACAAAACCCCCAAGUUCUUCUGAGUUUCUGAAACAUUGAGACCCAUCAUCAGAGCUAUGGAAGGCUUUCAAAAUUGGUUCGGCAAAAUCAAAGAAGAUCUGAAAGCCGCCUCUGAAAAAGUUUCAUCCUCCUCUUCUUCUUCUUCAUCUGCUUCCUUCAAAGCUCCUGGUUCUGAAGAAGGUCUCUCUGCCGUGUUGUCUGAUCAGUCUCGUAUCAUAGUCGCCAAACCUGUCAGAGGAGUGGUUUCACUGUGGACAUGCUCAAAGUUCUGUGCAAUUGCUUUUGUUGCUGGGAUCAUCGUCGGCUAUACCCUGAAGCGACGCGUUAAACGCUGGGCUAACAAGCUUCUCAAAAAGAUCCGAGAUGAUUGAUUGCACCUAGGUUGAGUUAUGUUAUCCCAUUCGGUAGAUUGUCGUCAAUAUACGAGUGAUUCUCUGACAUUAGUUGUGUAAAGAGUGCAUUUUUAGGAGUUUUCAGCUUCUGUUGUGACAAAUGCAUCUCACCUUUUCAAAAGAUAUUGUUAUCCUUUAUGAACUAUUAUGGUAAAGCUCUACUUGUGAGGCUGAAUCUCUUGUUUUCGACUAAAUUUUUAUUCCUGUGGUUAUGAAUUCAUG